UGCGCCCAUUUUGUUGACUGAUCGAUGGAGGCUUUGAAAAUUGUCCUCUUCAUCCUUUUUCAAGAAUUAGUGUUUUCAAGUUGCUGUCUUUGCUUCUGACAAACACUCCAUUUCUUCUAAUUCUGCUCUCUUCAAGACACGAGAUAACACUCGGCUGAAAGGCCAUGUUGUUAAACAGUUUCCAUCGUCAAGUUUAAUGUCAUGUAACCACUGGUGCCUCAGAAACUCUUGGUGUACUUCAACAAACUUCAUAAAGCCAUCCGAGGAGAACAAGAAAGGAGUGUGUGAACUGAACAAACAUGGAGACAUCGAUGAAAAUUCAAAUGUUGAUUAUCAGAAAGGGGCAACAUUCUCUAUGCUCCUAAAGGAACAUCACCUUCCCUGUGCUGAAGGCCUCAUUGGAUCUCAAUGUCAAUACGAUACUGAAGACUGCGCCACUAAUCCAUGUCUCAAUGGAGGAUCAUGCCAAGGUCUUGUGAAUGGAUUCAAAUGUUAUUGCCCAGAGGGAUAUUUCGGGAAAAUGUGUGAAACAGUUUGAAUUUCUUAGGGUGGAAAACCUACAGUGGGUAAUUAAAUGUUUAACUACACCUUUGGUACACACGUAGUAUAUACCACACAGUUGAAUGGUUCGUUUCGAGCACGCUGAUUGGCUAGUUUCGAAGUGAUUGAUAAGUACUAUUCACC